AUGUUCUGUCAGUAUCCCAACGGGCGCGUUUCCAUGGUGCAGCAGCUUCAGCCUCACCUUCACGUGGAGCUCGACGCUCGCGCCGUCGAGUUCGUGAGCUCCCGGCUGAUUCGGCAGAACGUUACUACUUUGGAGAACAUGGAGUCCAUGCUCCACGACCGUACUGAUAAGCCUGCUGCUUAA